UCUGAAUUUGAGAGAGUGCGUGUAUGCGUGUGUGUGUGUGUGUGUGCUCGAACUUGAAGUUAGCAGUUUAGCACUCAGGAGCGACUUGAUGUCCUAGGUUGCUUGCGCUCGAAGGUCCGCCUCCCCACCCGGUCCACACCCGCCCCACGCCUCAUUGUCCACUGGAUUAGCGACAUGGAAGGGCCUUGUCCGAGUUCAACCGCUCAACCUCCGCCCUUAACGGCCCCCACUUCCCCCUUGGACCUAUCCCACUCGGCAUCGGAACCCGCACCCACCCUGAGUCUCAGUAACGGGCGAUGUGCCGCGGGCAGUGGACGUCUAGGUGGUCCGGGACCGCCCCUAACCGAUCUAUAUCAAUGGCGUGAGAUUACUCAACCGUUUCUGGAAGCCACCAAAGAGCUGGUCUUGGGCGAACUUUUGCACGAUGACAUGUUCGGCUUAUUUGAGGCCAUGUCGGCCAUUGAAAUGAUGGACCCCAAAAUGGACGCAGGCAUGCUGUGCAAUCGGCAGAAUCGCAAACCUCAUUCCUUUCACACGGCUAAAGAGUCGGGCUACCUUCAAUUGCGGGCGAUUGAGUCAGCCCAUCAAAUUGCCAUCAUCGACCACACUUUAGCUUGUUUGGUGACUUGGUUAGAGGGGCACUCCUUGGCUCAAACUGUAUUUACCAAUCUCUACUUGCACUCACCAUACGAGAUCGACGACCCGAUUAUCAAGGCCUCUUCCAUCUUAACCUUGAAACUCAUCGACGUGAUUCGGGACAUUUUGUCUAGAGGCUCUGUCUACGAGGAAGAAGACUUUCAGCCCCUGGUCUACAAUUUCAAGCUUUGUGAAGACAUCAGUCCACUUAAGGCGGGAUCCAUGCUUCGCGAAGUGGAAGACGACCUCCAACGCGUUCUUCGCAAUACCAAGUCAAAAACCGAUGCCCAACAAUCAAAAGAGCACGCCAUGGCCAGUGCCUUAUUCGCGCGGAUACGAUUUUGCCGCAUGUUCUACCUCGCGCUGAUCUCCUUGGUCAAACAAGAUAUCCCAGAAGGUCAGCGUCAAUUGUCCAGUGCCUUGGAGCAAGUUAAAACCAUGGCCUCUUCCACUCACUUGGGCACUCAAGUUGAUAUCUCGAAAGAGAAUCCCAUCGGCUUUGAGAGAUUAGCCAAUCAGCGUCUUCUACCCCCGACUUUCCCCCGAUAUACUGAGAUCAAGUCGAAUGAAGCCGCCGUGCAAUUCUUCCAACGGACUGCUGAGCACCUCUUGGAAGCCACGAAUGUGACACAAUUGAACACCUUCCCGACGGUCCUGGAAUUUUUCAUCAAUUUUAGUGCUCAUCCCACGUGUGUAGUGUCUAGGUCAAUGUUACAAUUGCUGUAUCAGCCAUUGUACAUGAUGUCCCAGGUACCAGGAGUGACGUGUCCCGUAGACAAGAAGAAUGUGCCUUUGUUCCAAGAUCUGCUCAAGGAUGCGUGUAGGGCAUUCAUCGCGCCUCCCGCAUUAACUUCUACGAGCUACCCGCCAUUUAAUACUAUAGAAAUCAAGAAUAGCGUGGACAGCUUCUUUAAUCAGUGUUGUCGUCCCAUGGGCCUGCUUCUGCAAACUUUUGGACACAAUCAAGCCCGGCGAAGAGACAAAAUUGCAACGUUACUGGAGGAAUUCGCAGCCAUCCAAGAAGUGUCUGACAAGUUGGAUGACAUGCUAAAUUCGAUGUCGCAGUCCGGCGAUGGUCCUCGUCCCCAUAUGCUGUUCUUCAGCACUUGGCUCCUUUACCACGUGCUCCGUUUAAUGGUCCGUUACCUUUUGUCCGGCUUUGAAUUGGAGCUCUACUCCACGCAUGAAUACCCAUAUCUCUAUUGGUACUUGUACGAGCUUUUAUUUCCCUGGUUGAUCACUUGUCUUCAUCGUGCCGACACGAACUUAGUGGAACACGAACAGUUGGCAGAGUCCCUCCGGAACGCCGGCAAAAAUAAGAAGAAAGUCAAGAAUGCCAACAAGAAGAAGGCAACUCCAAGGCCCUAUUCCAAGGAGAUCACCCUAUUUCAAGGAAAAGCUUCGCUUUGCGCAGGAUACUUUAAGUUAAUGGUGGCCUUAAAGAAAGAGUCGAAAAUCCUAGUCCCAGAUCCUACAUUCGACAACGAGGCUGUGAGGUACGAGCAUCGCUUCCUCCCAUUUGCAUCUCUAUUUACGCCUCCAAUCAUGCCCUAUGGUCAAUUUCUUGAAGUGCAUGACCACACUGCCAAAUCUCCAUCGUCAGAGCUCCUCCUAGCCGCCUCAAAAGACUUCCUGAGGUCUCGCCAAAUUUUCGAGACAAUACUCACGUCCUUGGUGCCUGCGUCCACGUUGAACUCGUCCGUGGGUCAGAAUUUGGGCAAUGCCGAGGACGUGGCCUCGUUGGUGUCAAUAUGCAAGAACAACUGCGUAGUGGCAGGGAUCCUCUCCCGUGAUAGCUCUCGAAACGUCAGUUUCGACUUCACCACCAACUCCACAUUUCCCUCUGUUAAAAUUACCUGAUCCACAUACAUCUCUCGUUAGGUUAUUGCUAAGUCUGGUAUCUCUCUCAGAUCUCUCUCUGUCUCUCUCUUUGUUAAGAAAUAAAUGUCAUUUGAAACCCCCAGUAAA